AAUUUAUUUGUUUUUUUUGCUAAAAAGGCUUAUUCCACAGAGGAUCGGAGGGAGUAGAAGACCAUGCCGGACACACCUACAUCGCCAAAGAGCGGUGGCCGGCUGUCGCUAAUGGAGAAUCUGCUCGGGCUUCUCCGUAUUCGUAUCAUUCGUGGUGUCAAUCUCGCUGUUCGUGAUGUUCGCAGUAGCGAUCCUUAUGUCGUCGUCAAGAUGGGAAAGCAAAAAUUAAAGACACGGGUGAUAAAGAAGGAUGUCAAUCCUGUAUGGAAUGAAGAUCUAACCCUCUCUGUUAGUGACCCGAACCUUCCCAUUAAACUGACGGUUUACGAUCACGACACAUUUAGCAAGGAUGAUAAAAUGGGGUACGCUGAGUUCGAUAUCAAAGCAUUUAUGGAAGCUCUGAAGAUGAACUUGAAGAAUCUUCCCAGUGGAACGACAAUAACACGAAUGCUACCAGCAAGGCAAAACUGUCUAGCUGAAGAGAGCUGCGUCGUCUGGAAAGAUGGUAAAGUAGUCCAAGAUAUCUACCUUAGAUUGAGAAAUGUCGAAUGCGGGGAAGUCGAGGUUCAAUUGCAGUGGAUUAAUCUUCCAAACUCCAAAGGAUAAAAGGAGAUUUGGUUUAAUCAGCAUCCCAUGCUUAGCUAGAGAUUGUCUUGGAAACUUUCAUGAUGGAUGGAUUAACAUUUAUGGGAGAGAAAUGUCAGAAAUCAAAUUGGUAUUGUCAGUUUUAUUCAUCUAUAAAACAACUAUUGAUCGGGUUUCAAGAUUCUAAACAGUAAAGUGAACUAAGUUCAAUGAUAAUUCACUUAAACUGAAAGUUAGAUCCUUUAAGUUUUCUGCAUAGUUUAAAUUGAUUUCUUCCCUAUCAUAUGUUACUUUAUAAAAUUUAAAUAACAAAAUUCUUAUUCAACUUCGUAAUAACAAUAAUGAUAAUAAAUUAUACCUUUAUA